AUGCAAGCCUCUGUUUUCUAUCAGAAGGAGUUUCUCACCAUGACAAACGUUGUUUUCAACGAAACUGCAGGGCCCAAGAAUGAGUCAUCAGUUCAUGCAAGCCUUGUCGCAUCUUCGGUGUUCGUCAAGGAUCAUGUGGGGGCUGCCAUGGUUGAGGAUUUGAGGGGAGGAAUUGUGGGUUUUGGCGUGGCGAUGCAGGGUGUUGUUAGGGUUGGUGGAGGACUGCAUUGGGAGAGAAGGCUAUUGAGGGUUGAUUGUGAUUAUCUCAAGGUUGAGAUUUUGAAUAAUAGAAUAGAAGGAGCCUUGUUUGGUGGAUCAAGUAUAUGUGAUGUUGAGGAUUAUUAA